UUGUUUCAGCCGCGCCGGAAAGUUUUUAAUAACUUUACAUUACGAGUGAAAGUGUGCGUGGUAAAAAGUGCUCUGAUUGGUCGUUGUUUCGCGCCAAUACGAAACAGUGGGUGGAGCUAUCGAAUUAUCAGCAGUAUUUGUGAAUCAACGCACAUAAGUACCAUAAAAGAAGAAACGAGAGAAUAAUUUUAAAAAACAAAACAAACAAAAAAAUUCAUAAGGGGAAAGUUAUUUCUCCGGGAGGAGGUGUUCGACCCGGCGAUGGCCACGAAGGGCAUGGUCUCCGUCAAGAGGCCUAUACGACAGUUGUCUGUGAGAGAAAAACUGGAUGCCAUUCAGCGAGUGCACAAUGGGGAAUCCAAAGCGUCCGUGGCCCGAGACAUCGGGGUGCCGGAGUCCACGUUGCGGGGAUGGUGCAAGAGCGAGGACAAACUCAGGAACGUAGCUCGUUCUUGUGGAACUCCGGAGUCACAGCAUUCCGUGGAGGAACCAGACAACAAAGACAUUAGCAAAAGCGUAGGAGUGGGAGAACCGGGAGUGGGAGGCGGAGGCGGCGGCGGCGGUGGAGGAGGAGGAGACGACGACGUCACCGAUGGCGGCCCAUCUGAUCGGAAGCGAACGCGCCAGGAAGCAGAAGCGAACCACACCAAAACUCCCCAACCCCAAACUCAACCCCAGCCCGAACUCGACGAGGCCCUAUGGUUUUGGGUAAAACAGCAGCAGCAAGUGGGACUGUCUGUGAGUGCUGGGCAGUUGUUGGGCAAUAAAGAGGCUACAGACCUCAACAAGAAUGGUGUGGCCGAUGGCAGUUGGUUCUGGCGAUGGUAUAAGCGUUAUGGGUUCUCCCAGUAUCCUGAUCCCCUCCAACAGGUGACCAAGACAAAGGUACAAAGUGAAACUCUGACCCCAGGACUUCAGAAAGUCAAUGGCCACUCAAUACCGGUUGCCAAUAACGCCCGAUCAACCCUGGACAGUGUGUUGUUGAAUGUAAAGGACAAUAACAAUAUAAGAAACCCAGGAAAACCAGAGGAAUCUGAUGACGAUGACGAGGAGGACGAGCCACCAGCAACGGCAGCCGAGGCUGUCAACCACGGAGAGAAAUUCCUUCGCUGGCUUGAAUGUUGCUCUGACCCCAGUGUCACCGCCAUGCAGAUCUUGCAGUUUCGGUAUCUGCUCAACAAUGUCCGUGCCUGCGCUGACCGACGAGCCAAGCAAACCAAGACCAAGACACGUUCCAGGCGCAAGUAGGUUUCAACUUACCCCCCCUCACCCACCCUGCUGUCAGUGUUACCAUCUACAACUGUACCUAUUGUCAGUACUGUAGAACCGAGAUAUGUUUACAGGUAAUAGUUCAGCUUUAACUUGAAAAUGAGUCCAGCACAAAUACCAAGAGAUCCCUUAUGUCAAGAUUAGGAUACUGUAUAUUUUUUAAGAGAAAAAAAUGCCAUUCCUUUUAGUUGUAUGUAUUAUCCAUCCAAAAAUCAGUAUUUUUGUUUCAAACUUGUAGGUGAGAUCUAGCAAAAUGCCUGACCCCUAAUACUUAUUUCAGACUGAAUCUUGCAGAGGCCACAUCCAUAAUACUAAAUAUUAAAGACUCUGUGAUUUAUUUUUAUAAGUGAAAAAUAAUCACUUACCAGCAGCUGAGACUUCUCUAGUGGCUCGUAAUUCAGGUGGUCAGCCACAAAAUUGGCGCAGCCCUCCCACGUUUUGAACUCUGGAAGCCGGACGCUAGUCGGCCGAAUCGCGGUGCAUACCAUUUUCUAUAUAAAAGACAAAUUGUUAUAAGUUGCUUUGUGUAUAAUGUUCGUAAGUGUCGAGGUCUCAUUUCAUUUCUCGUCAGCAGCAAGACGGCGAUUGAUGAUUAAAAAACAUUUGUUUUCAGUUGACAAAAUGUGAUUUAUUACAUUGUAAGUGAUUAUAUGGACUUGUUCCCAGUGAAAAUAAAUCAGGGACCCAGAAAGUAAUGCAACUGUAGAUUGGAUUUAAACAAACACGACCUUGUUUCUUGCUGUAGUGUUUGGUUGAAAAUUAUGGUGACAGUGAUGCAUAGAGGAUGGCAACUAAUCAUAAAAGAUAAGGGUAACUGUGGCCUCCUAUUUACUUUGUUCGCUGUUACACAAAAGUACAUGAAGUUCCAGAAACAUGCUGAAAAGAUGUGGGGUGAGAUGUGUCAGGCGAACAGCAAAACUUAUAAUUGCAUCCAUCAACUAUAACCAUCAC